AUGACAGACACCGUCGCAACGACAGUUGUUACCUUUCUAGGCUGUGGGGUCUUCGGCACGGCAAUCUUACGUGGUGUUGUCUCGGCCCUCGAGAAGCAGCUAACGUAUCCAUAUUCGAAUGGGGCCGCCGCGAAAUCAACUCUAAAAUGUGUCUAUGCCUGCGUGCGCACCCACAGUAGUGCUCAACGCAUCAGAUACAGCAUCAGCGAGAAAGAGCACGUCAAGAUAGUGGUAGGAGAUAACGCCCAUGCCGUCCAGGCUGCAGACGUGGUGGUCCUUUGUUGCCGCCCUGGUAAUGUGGGCGUGUGUUUAGGGCCCGACCGUGUCCGCAACGCAUUGAGAGGAAAGCUCUUAAUUAGUGAUGUGGCUGGCUUGUCAAUUGCCGACCUAAGUGGCUAUUGUGGCCCUGGUCAUCAUGGUUCCGGGGAUGCGGGGGUGUACAUUGUGCGCGUAAUGGCGAACCUGGCGGCGAUGAUACAGGAAUCUAUCACCGUGGCGACAAUGCAGGAAGAACAACCAUACCGGCCGCCGCCGGCCGCUACCAACUUGGCACAAUGGAUCUUCGAGCAAGUUGGGCGUGUCAUGUGA